UUUUUCUCUUCACUUUCACACACCGUGGUUUUGUUGCUUGUAGUAAUACUUUGCUAGUCAAUGCAUACGGCAUUCUGGGGGUCGACAUCUAUGGACUUUUGAAGUUACAGACUCCAUCUUUCAUCGCCGCGCCGUCACAUUCAUCAUUAAUAUGCCACAUGAAAUGGACGCACAAAAAGCACUGGCUGAGUCAAUCACGUUGACCAGGGAUACGGCGAAGAUUCCUCCACUUGGACGAUUCGUAAUAUUGUCUUUGGAAUGUCGGAUUAUAUUUCCCGUCCGGCAUCUUCACACCUCUCUGGCAUGCUUCCUUUCAGGUAUCCAAGAAGAGUUUCGAAACAAUAUAUAAAGCAUGGUUGAAUCACAUAUCAACCUUGACUUGCCAUUUACUGCUUCAAAUUAUGUCUCACUUCGUCUUAGAACCCAGCGAGAAAUUCACCGCUGACAACGCUAGUCAACGAGAAAACGCGGAUAGCCCGCCUGCAAAGUAUUGCCCCGACAAGUCUGGAUAUAAAUGGAUCGAUCGCUACCUCGCCUCCCUUGACCCAGAGAAAGACUGGGAAGAGAUGGUGAAAACCUUUAUGAGCUACAACUCGAACGAGUUCAUCAUCAAUAUUAUGUACUCCGCCACCUUCCUCGUCGUCAACAUGAAUCCAGUUGGCCUCGCCACCUCCGUCCACACCGGCAAAGUAUUCAACAAGAAACAGAAGCGCUUUGAGGACACCCGCGACUUCUUCCUUCCUCUCUUCGAGUUCGGUCCCACCAGCGUCAUUCACUCGGAGAACCAGCGUCGUCUCAACGCCCUCCACAUGCGUCUCGCCAAACAGCUCCCGGGUAGCUGGGAUCAUUACGAAGACUUCAUCGAGCCCUGUGCAGUCGCUGCGGUGCAGGUACAUAACACCAUGCGCCUGGCGGGCCUUCCAGGGCUUCCUCCUCACAUGCAACGCGCAAUGUACCUCUUUGCCAAGUGCCUAUAUGAGGGAUUCCUCAUGGAGAGCGGCUUUGUGCCUCCCGAUAGCUUCCCUCCCGAUUUUGACGCCUGUGUCAAGUUCAAUGAGGAAUGGGGCCGUCGACCCUGGCCCCAAAGCGAUGCGGCCCUUCUGGCAGGGAAAGCUAUUGCUGAACAGUUUGAAGAGCGCUGGUUCCCGAAGCCAUUUCAUUUCGUUGGACGCGCGAUGUUUUGCCUACCACUGGCGGAUGAGACGCUUGAGUAUUUUGGGCUGGGGCCGAGGAAUGAGGUCGUGACGUUUUUGGUAAAGAAGGCACUGUGGCUAGCCUUCACGAUCAAGGCGUUGAUGCCCGAUCCAAAACUUGGCACGUAUGAGAAGAAUAGGAUGAGGAGGGAGGGGUUGCCGUUGCCGCAGUCGCCGUUGAAGACCAUUAUCACGGGUCCUUUGGUGGCUGCUCUGGUGGGUAUCGUUAUGUACCACUUCGCAAAGAUGCAGUAAAGUCAAUGCGGAACUAUAACACAACGAGUAGGAGUAUAGUCAUACAUACCAGUCGAGUACUAUAUCCCUGCGUCUUCACUUGUCAGAUUGUCUGUUGCUAAUGAAUGAUCAGAGCUUUGAAUCGUGG